AUGGCGCUCAUCUCGACCAGCCCCUUUACCCCACAAUCGGGAGAGGAAGACGAAUCAGCAGCGGAGAGUGAUAUGCCUCAGAGCGCCAUGACCAGGGAAAAUGUGCCAUCCUCAACAAAAACCGAUGAUGGACUGAAGAUCCGGUAUGGAGCCGGACGUACACACUACCGACUAGCCCGGCUCCAAGACAAUAGCUUCACUUCAAUAGGCGCCGGAGAUCGGUCGGAGUAUAUCGAAAAUACUCCAGAGCGAUUUUCUGAUCGCCAGCAUCUGGGUGAUGCACCUGGACAGGCACCCAGCGCUAAGAUCAUGAUCAUCGUCUGUGAUCGUCUAUUGUUUCCGUUCCGGGAGAGCCGGCUAACGGACUCCACGCAUGAAUAA